GACCCGACCAUGGAUGGUGGAUGGGAACCUUUGUGUGCGUGUCCAAGGAAAUAAGUUUCCUGUAACGUUUAUUUUAUUGUAUUUUGUAUUUGCCCGAGAAAAAUCACAUGUUACAGUAGCGGACAGGUUUUCCAGUGCUGCUGUGAAUACCGUAAAUGGGCGUGACAGCCGCACAACAAAAACAUCACAACAAACAACGGAUCUGCUUCCGGUUUCUGGAUGUAGCUGUCAGACUCCAGCAUCUUUUUAACGGGAAAUCGCUUUAUCAGCAGCAUUAGUAUGAGCGAAGGAGACGUGUUUCACGAGAAGCAACGACUGGAGCUGUGCGCGAUUCACGCACUCAACAACGUGCUCCAGGAGCGGGUGUUCACCAAGGAGACAGCCGAUGACAUCUGCAAACGACUGGCUCCCCAGUGUGUGGUGAACCCUCAUCGCUCAGUGUUAGGCACGGGAAACUACGACGUCAACGUCAUCAUGGCGGCGCUACAGAGCAGGGAGCUGGCUGCGGUGUGGUGGGACAAACGCAGGACGGUUCAGAGCCUUUGCAUGUCGAAGGUCCAGGGUUUCAUUCUCAAUGUCCCAUCACGAGUAUCUCUGGGGAUUGUGUCCCUCCCACUCCGACGGCGGCACUGGCUUGCGGUUCGGCAAGUUAAUGGACAGUACUACAACCUCGACUCCAAACUGAAGAGCCCUGUCUGUAUUGGGGGGGAAGCAGAACUACGCACGUUUCUCAGUGAACAGCUUUCUCAGGAUGUGGCAGAGAUGCUCCUGGUUGUCGGGCGGGAGGUGGAGGAGGACGGUUCAUGGCUGAACCCCGACAACCCCAAGAAGUGAUAUCUUGGGACAGGACAUACCUUUUACAUAGCAUGGAAAAAAACUGAGACUUUUUUUUAAACCAACACCUCAUUACAGAAAACUCUUCAGGGAAUGCACUAAAAUACAUUUAAUAUCUACACAGAGGAAAUUCCAAAGAGAAGAAGAGACAGGUGUUUACUCCUGAACGAACUGUUUUGCUUGUAACUGCUGUUGCUCCGAUUUGACCAAUGUACCUACAUUGUCCUCCUCUUGAUACCUUUGUGUUAACACUAGGGAAGUGGGCAUCUAAGCUAACAAGGUUUCAGACAACUGAGGAGGCUAGUUAGAUGAUACCCGAGUUGUGACAUAUGACUGAAUUUUUACAGUUUUGUGAAAAUUGCUGUGCUCUUGCAUGAAAAAACCAUCUGCAAUAAGGAUAACUGGACACUACUUUGGUUACUAAGACAUCACCGAGAGGAAAAUGGUUCAGCUGAAUUUGCUACACAAGAUGUCACUGUCCCAGACUUUAACGAUCAAGCCGCCAAAAUGAGAUCAGUGUGUACUGUGCACACAAGAUGGUCAUGUCAAAAUUGAUCAGUUGUCAAGCAGCACCUUAGUGCACCAUCUCUACCCAAGACCUUUGUUGUAAACCUUCUAUGCACUGCAGAUUUGUGUCCAUACAGCCACAGUUACUGAUAAGGCAUUGAAGGACUACUGGUGUCUUUGCAUGUUUUCAUCCAUUGAGUACAACAGUUCUUAAAUUUAUAGAUUUUUUUAAUGUCUUUUCUUAUACUCGAGGUAGUCUUUGUUUUCCUUUCAUUUAGCUUUAGUAUAAAAAAAAUAAAACAGCAGAGAAAUCUGCAGAGAUUUCAUAUGCCGUUGAUCAGUAAUCCUUCACAGUGGACAUCGUGAACCUGCUUUUGGUUUUCUGAAAGAUGUUAAUGAUGUGUGAUAAUGCAGUGUCCACACAGUAACAAAGCUUUGACAAAACAAAAGCAGACACGACUUUGUUUGUGAUUGUGAUUGAUUAUCCAUCUACACCAGGUUUCAAGUUUCUACAGGUUGAGUUUCACACAGCUCUUCAACGAGUAAAAGCAGGAGGCUGCAUGGUGGUUAGGAAGAUCCCUUUAUUUAAAAUCUAAAGAGGAAAGAUUGCAGGAAUAAAAAGUACACUAUUCUUGAUUAGUUGUGAAUGAGUCAAACAUGCAAAAACACUGGUUCAGUGACUGUAUGUAACCUUGAUGUUUGUAUUUUGUCUCCUAUUGAUCUAUGCAUAUCUAAAAGAAACGGAACACUCACUGUGGUACACAGUAGUGAUUAACUGACUCACAAACCUAAGCUCAGAGGUUCAGAAUAUUGAAGCUUAUUUAUAUUAAACUUUGACCGGUUUUAAGUAUGAA